AGUGGAGAUUUGACCAUGGCUAAUCUCUUCGAGUGUUUACGGGGCAUUGAAUAUCUGAUUGUUUGGUGUUUCAUCUUUUUGUCUUUUCUUCCAUUUCCGAGAAAGCUUCCAACAACAUUGGUCCACUUGAAAUACUUGUGUAUGGAAUGCGUAUGCUUUUGUCACAUAUAUGCGUUACCUAUUUUUGUUCUUUUGAUUAGAAGCUCCCCAAACCUCGAAAAACUUAAGCUAGUGGUUACUGAAGAUGAGGUGCUUGAUGAAUCAUAUACGGGCUCCUCUACUCUUGAAGAUUAUUCAGAUAUUUUGUCAGAGCAUCUUAACGAAUUAGAGAUCCUACAUUUAAGAAACUACGAAAAUGGGUUGGUUUUUGUGAAACUUAUCUUGGCCAAGUCACCUAUACUAAAGAAGGUGAAGGUAUCCCUAUGGGAUCAGUUGGCUAAGGAUGAAAAUUGCAGAUCUCAAAAGUCCUUUAUAGUUCCCCAUGUGCAUCACUUAUGAGAAAAAUUAUAGUUGGUUAAUAUCCAAUUAGUAGUAACACUUGGUGGUUCUGUCGACUUAUCAGUGAAAUGAACAACAUUGUUUCAAACCGUUACAAGAUUUUGAGAA